GGUCUUCUGUCCUGGUCGUGUGUUUUGUGACCAGCUGAAAAUGGCGUCUCGUAGCGAAGCGUCUUAACUUUAUCGGACAACAACACCCAGAGCAGCCGUAGAUAUUAGAACCAAGGGUACGACAUGGGGGAGGGCUGGACCGAGAGGCUACACGCACAUUGACCCAGAAACAACACCUUAACACCCAUAACGCCAAGGACUUCAUAAAGAGGCGAUGGAGGACCCGCACCCGCGCUACAGCAAGCGGCUGCGCACAGGCACCCGGCGGCGCUACCAGGACGAUGGCAUCUCGGACGACGAGAUUGAGGGGAAGCGAACCUUCGACCUGGACGAGAAGCUGCACGGGGACCGCUUCAACUCUGAACUCAUCAAGCGCAUGGAGGGCAAAGAUUUCACAUUUAAGUACAUACAGAGGGAAGGCCUCAGAGACCCCAUUAUCUUUGAGAAGGCAGAUGGACUAGGCAUAGAAAUGCCGGACCCUGACUUUAGUGUAAGCGAUGUCAAGUUGUUUGUUGGCAGCCGGCGCAUCGUGGACGUGAUGGACGUCAACACCCAGAAGGGCAUCGAGAUGUCCAUGGCCCAGUGGCGCCGCUACUACGACACACCCCCCUCUGAGCGGGAGAAGCUCUACAACGUCAUCAGCCUGGAGUUCAGCCACACCAAGCUGGAGAACCUGGUGAAGCGGCCCGCAUCGGUGGACCUGAUAGACUGGGUCGACAACAUGUGGCCACGGCACCUGAAGGAGAGGCAGAGGGACUCCACCAACGCCAUCAUAGACAUGCACUACCCCAAAGUACAGAAGUACUGUCUGAUGAGUGUGCAGGGCUGCUUCACAGACUUCCAUAUUGACUUUGGAGGCACAUCUGUUUGGUACCACAUCCUGCGAGGUGAAAAGGUGUUCUGGCUGAUCCCACCCUCGCCCCAGAACCUGGAGACCUAUGAGAACUGGGUGUUGUCAGGGAAACAAGGCGAUAUCUUCCUGGGAGACAAGUGCCAUGACUGUCAGAGGAUAGAACUUAAGCAGGGAUACACGUUCAUGAUUCCGUCUGGCUGGAUCCAUGCAGUAUACACCCCAGAGGACACGCUGGUGUUCGGAGGAAACUUCCUCCACAGCUUCAACAUCCCCAUGCAGCUCAACAUCUACAGCAUCGAGGACCGCACGCGGGUGCCAGCCAAGUUCCGCUACCCAUUCUACUUUGAGAUGUGUUGGUAUGUGCUGGAGAGAUAUCUCUACUGCAUGACCAGCACCUCCCACCUCACCCCAGAGUUCCAGAAGUACUCCCUGGGCAUAGGCCUGACCCGUGAGGAGUUCCAGGCCAACAAGCCCACAGACAACGGCGCCCCGGACGGCGCCGACAGUGAAGGCGAGGAGAAGGUCAUCACGGAGAUAGCAGAGGAUGAGGAGGAUUGCAAGCUGGAGCCGGGCGGCGGGCGGCGUGCGGAGCUGACCCCCUACGAGCUGGAGGGCCUUUGGAACCUGGUGGGCAAGCUGGAGGAGCUGCCGGCCAACAAGAAGUGCGUCCCUGAAGGGAUCCAGGAUGCUGCUGCCCUGCUGGAGGGCAUGCGGGCAGUGCUGAGGCAGCACGCGGCCGACGAGGCCAAGCUCUCCUACACCGGGGAGCCUAUCGUCAAGUGGCCUAAACGGCCGUCGUGGUACCGUUCUCCCACCCCUCCCCCACCCGUGGUCUACCGGCCCCGCGCGGGCCCCUCCCAGAAGCCCCCGACGCCCCGCCCCCUGAAGCCGGUCUCCUCCCUGUCGGUGCUGCGGCGCCGCCGGGUCCGCUGCAAGCGGUGCAACGGCUGCAGCAGGAAGGAGUGCGGCAGCUGCCAGUUCUGCCACGACAUGAGGAAGUUCGGCGGCCCAGGACGCAUGAAGAAGGGCUGCGUCAUGAGGCAGUGCCUGGCGCCCGCCCUGCCCAACACAGCUCGCUGUGCCGUAUGUGGGGAAGGGGAGCCGGAGGAGUCCAACCCCUCCACUCACACACUCAUGGAGUGUUCCAACUGCGCUGAGAUCAACCAUCCCGAGUGCAUGACGGAGCCCGGCGAGGGGAGAGUUAACAAGGACCUGCCCAGCUGCUGGGAGUGUCCCAAGUGUUACCGUGGCAAAGGCUCCGGUUCAGAGUCUUCCAGUGACGAGGACAGCGUGGCGUCGGUGGGCUCUGCCUCCUCGCGGCCAUCCAAGCUGGCCCACCAGGAGGGCCAUGGCCAGGGCCCGGCUCCACGGACAGCGCCCCCGCCCUCCCAGAGGCUGCUACUGCAGCACCAGCAGAGCCGCAAGAGAGCCAGCCCCCUGGAGCUGCGUCUGAAGAAGAGGAUAAAAAUGGAGCGGCGAAAACUCUUGGCGAAGCACUCUCUGGAGCGUUCGCCCGCGCGGCUGUCCUCCAGCCUGCUGCCCAGGAUGCGGUCCCCGGCCAGCAGACUGUCCCGGGGCCGAGGCCGGGGGGCCCUGUGGGGGCGUGGCACGUCUUGCCGCAUCUCCCACGCACCCCACCCCCCCACAACCACCUUCCAGCAGCAGCCGUCCCCCAGCUCGCCGGCAGAGCCGCGGGGGGGGACGCGGGGGGAGCCGCGCAGGGGGAGAGGCCGGGGGGUGAGGUUGAGAGGAGGAGGUGCAGGGCGGGGGCUCUUAGGGGGUCGGAGUCACGGAGAGAUGGAUGAGAGCGAUGACGACAGCACCACCAGCAGCAGCAGCAGUGGCAGUGAGGAAGAAGAGGAGGAAGAGGAGGGCAAGGAGAACCUGCCCGAGGCCAGAAGAGGAGGCAGGUCAGCCAAAGACGGAGGACCCGAGGACGUGGAAGAGGGGGACGAAGGGGAGGAGGAGAUGGAGCAGGACAGCAAGGAGAGCCUGACCCUCACACUCCAGCGGCUGUCCAAGGCCAGGAGUGACCCCACCACCAUCGUCCCCAAGCUAGAGGCGGCUGUCGCCCGCCGCUCUACCGUAUCCAACGCGUACAAGGCGGCCCGGGCGCUGGCCCGGGCGCUGAUCCGGCCCCCCAUCAGAACCUCCAGCACCCGGGGGGAGCAGCAGCUGGCGGACAGACACACCGCGCUGCCUCCCCUGCGGGGCGGUCCCACACACAAACCCCGGGUAGGACACCCGGACGGCUCCAAGCGGCCCUGCCCGGGGCGGCCUGACAGACCCAGCAACGGGGCCUCUUCCUCCUCCUCGUGUUCCUCCUCCUCACAGGCCACACCCCGCCUGCCUCUGGCCGCCCUCCAGGGGGGGGCGGAGGUUGACCGGGAUCCCGGGAUGGGGGCCCCCGCCUGCGAGAGGGAGGUCUGGGUGUCGGUGUUCAGCUACCUGAGCCGGGCCGACCUGUGUGUCUGCAUGGCGGUCUGCAAGAGCUGGCAUAAAUGGUGUCUAGACAAGCGGUUGUGGUCGAGGAUUGACUUGAGCAUCAAGCGCACCAUCACCCCCCAGGCGCUGACGGGCAUCAUCAAACGGCAGCCCCUCAUCCUGGACCUCUCCUGGACCAACAUCUCUAAGAAGCAGCUGGGCUGGCUCAUCGGCCGGCUGCCUGGGCUGAAGGACCUGAUGCUCUCGGGCUGCAGCUGGUCGUCCAUCUCAGCCCUCAGCUCCUCAAGCUGCCCACUCCUCCGCUCGCUGGACCUGCGGUUUGCAGACGGGGUCAAGGACUCUCAGAUCAGGGACCUGGUCACUCCUCCAGGCUGUGAUAACCGCAGCCAGCUGCGCAGCAUGCAGUGGUUCCGUCUGUCGGGGCUGGAGAUCAGCGACUCCACGCUGCGGCUGGUGAUCCGCCACAUGCCCCAGUUGACCCGCCUGGACCUGUCCAGCUGCGCCUGUCUCACCGACAACUCUAUCAACCUGCUGACGGCUGUGGGCUCGUCCACACGCAACACGCUCACCGACAUCAACCUGGCAGGCUGCAACCGGCUGACGGACACGUGUCUGAAGUACCUGCGCCGGCUCUCCUGCAUUUCCCUGCUGGACCUACGGGGCUGCAGAGGGGUGUCCCGCAAAGCUUGUGAGGCCUUCAUCUCCGAGCUGUCGGUCAACACCCUGUACUGCCUGUCGGAUGAGAAGCUCAUCCAGAGGAUCUCCUAGAGCAGGAGAGGAGGUGUGCAGCUGGCACCUCGCUCAGGACACCGCAGGGGAUACUUCCCAAUAGCGACAGACUUCCCAGUAGGGACAGACGCUUGCACUUGUACGUCAUAAUGGUUGGGCCAACCAUGAGGAACUGGGAGCACUUAUUGAACUGGUGGGUGGGGUUGAGCUUCUGGACUAGGACAACAUUAGUUCAUUGCGAUGUUGUGUACAUUUCUUUUUUCAUGUACUGACAAACAGACUCAGGAGUUUUUUUGGAAUUUGGGAAACUACUAUACUAAGUGUGCGUCAAAGUGGGAAUAUAUAUAUAUAUAUAUAUGUAUAUGUAUAUGUAUAUGUAUAUGUAUAUAUAUAUAUAUAUGUAUAUAUGUAUAUAUAUAUAUAUAUAUCUGUGUGUGUGUGUAUGAGGAUCCCCUAAAACCGUUUUUCUUUUACAAAGCUGUUCCCAACUUUCAUUAUCUAUGUUCACAGCAAUUGUAGAUUUUCCAGCUGUGAUCUAUUUUUUAUUCGUUAUCUUGGUACUACUGGUUGUAUGGUAUGCUGUUGGCAGAAGGACCCAAACAUUUUGUUCUAUUUUGGUUCGUAUGCACCCAGGAAAAGGUUUCAUGUUUGGUAGUUUAUUUUAGUCUUAUUUUCAACCAUCUAUUGUAGACUAAAAUAUUUUAGUUCUGACACACUCCCUCUUUUCAAAAGGACGAAUAAUUUUAUUAUUAAGUAAAGUAUCUGGCACUUUUAAAGUGUGGUAUAUUAGUCUUAAGUUUACCUGUCUAUUUAUAACAAGUUCCUACAUGGGUACAGCUUCCCCUUGGUGUAGAUGCAUCUGUACACAGAGAAGAUGGGGACUCACUGAGCUACUGUGUUGUCGCUUAAGAAGGGUACCGGGACUGUCUCACACACACACACAGCCACACAGUGUCGAUGGGUAUACAGUAUAAAUGGGCAGGUUCUAACCAAAAAGCAGAGUGAAGGGUGGAUGUGAGUGCGUCUCAAAUAGCCGUUACAAUUCAGGUGCUAUUCUUCCCAGACUCCUUUUUUGUUUUGUACAGCGGUAAGAUUUAGAGCAAAAUGUUAAUAUUCUAGACGUGAUUCCCAGCCCAUUUUGAUACCGAUAUUUUGUUUGAUUAAGUCAAUGUGAGUAACUACUUUCCACAAAUGUGUUGAAUUCAGUGUACAAACAUCCGCUUCUUUUGUAUCUAUUUUUCUUUUGUUCAGUGGCUAUAAAGGGUGUUUUCUGUGAGCCCCGUUCUUGCCAAACUGCUUAAAGAAUAUAAAUAUAUAAAUAUAUACUUUUGUGUAAAUGUGUUUCUCUAUUAGAUUCUGAGAACCGAUAUCCUGUAGCAUUAAUUAUUUUCAAAAGCUUUUUCCACUUUAUGUUAAUGUUGUGUUAUUUUUCAAGAAAAAUAAAGGGUAACUAGGUCAAGUGAAA